AAUAUUCAACCAGCACAGAAAAUAGCCCAAUAAUAAUCAUUUUUCCCUAUAUGCACAGAAUGAAUGUACAUGCAUUGUCACUAAAUGAAUUGCUAUGCAGAUUUUUUUUUUUAUUAUCACACCCCUGUGAGCAAUGGUGCCAUCCAGGGGCGGACUGACCAUUUGGAAACUCGGGCACUACCCGAGGGCCCGGGAUGCUCCUGGUACCUUUUUCAUAGGCCUUUUUGACUUUGGGCAAGGACACAGGGGCCCCAUGAUCCCCUAUUGCCCGGGGG